CUCCCACGGACUAUGGCCUCUUGGUGGGCGCCGGAAGCAGGAAGCGCGAGAGGGAUCCGUGAGCAAAAACAAACAGCCACCGUCUGAGUCGGAUAUUGGUGACAAGAUGGCGGUGACGCGGCGGGGUCGCUCGGGGCUGAGCUCCCUCCUCCUGCUGAUGCUCGCUCUGGGCGGCAAAGGGGCUUGGGCCGACGCGGAUCCUGCUCCUGACUCUCUUCCGGAGGCGUUUGAGCCGGCGUUGGGCAGUACCGUUCCCUGUCAACGGACCUGCCAGAGCACCUACCCACUCCACACUUACCCCAAGGAAGAAGAAUUGUAUGCAUGUCAGCGGGGCUGCAGACUCUUCUCGAUUUGCCAGUUUGUGGAUGAUGGCAUUGACUUGAAUCGGACCAAACUGGAAUGUGAUUCUGCAUGUUCCGAGGCUUAUUCCUCUCGGUCUGAUGAACAAUAUGCUUGCCAUCUUGGAUGCCAGAAUCAGUUGCCAUAUGCUGAACUGAGGCAAGAGCAACUCAUGUCCUUAAUGCCAAGAAUUCACCUUCUCUUCCCCCUUACACUUGUGAGAUCAUUCUGGAGUGAUAUGAUGGACACAGCCCACAGCUUCAUAACCGCAUCAUGGACUUUCUAUCUUCAAGCUGACGAUGGCAAAAUAGUUAUAUUCCAGUCAAAGCCAGAAGUGCAGUAUGUUCAGAGUCCUGAGCAGGAAGCUAUGGAUUUAAAAGAAUCGUCACUUAACAAAGAAUCUUAUCUACAACCAAGAGGUUCACCGACGCACAAAGGAUUUUUUGAAGAGGAUGAAAAUGACAGCUUCUUCAAAUGUAUUUCAGUAAAUUCUGGCUGGAUAUUAACUACUACACUUGUCCUCUCUGUGCUGGUAUUGCUUUGGAUUUGUUGUGCCACAGUUUCUACUGCUGUGGAGCAAUAUGUUCCACCUGAGAAGCUGAGUAUUUAUGGAGACUUGGAGUACAUGAAUGAACAAAAACUGAGCCGGUAUCCAGCGUCUGCUCUCGUGGUGGUUAAAUGCAAGGCUGAUGAACAAGAAGCAGGACCUCUACCUACAAAAGUUAACCUGAUUCAGUCGGCAAUAUAAACGGCUUUUUGACGUGAAUUCAUCAGUCUAAUUCUAAGACUUCUGUCAACUCUGGUGACUUUUCGGGCUUUUGGGGUGCGGGGUGGUCUGUAUAAGAUGCGAAUAAAGUUACAGAAUCAAUGAAGAUUGUACUGUCAUGGGAUUCAAUCUCUCUUCUAGGGACAAAAUGAAAUACUGGACACAUGGGGUUUGUAGUGCAUUACACUUAUCUGCAUUUUUUUGCUUACCAGAACGUAAGUAUUGUCUGUACAUGUGCAUAUUCUGAACAUUUGUCUGUACUUCAGAAUGUAUAUUUGGAAUCAUUUUCAAAAAGUGUAAGAAAUGUUCAGUGGUCAGAGUUACCUUUAAGUUGUCUUCAUCUGUGGGUAAAUGAAAAUAAUAUGUAUUGCUGCUUUCACAAACCUUAGUGCCUGGAAUAGUCCUUUUUCCACAAAAAGAAUAUAUUAUUCUUUACAUUUCUACACUUCUGGCCAAUUUCUGGCACUGAAGGCAUGUAGAUAAAAAAUAAAACUUUAAUAAAAGUCCUCCAUAUAGGGGCAUCAUUUCUGUAUUGUGUUCCUUUGAAACAAAUACACUCUUGAAAUAGCUAUUUAAAAUUGAGUUGUAUUUUUUGUUACAAUCUUUGCCAUGUUUUAUGUUUGCUAUGCUUGUUGUCUCAGCAUGGUGACUCCAUUUUUAGAAGACUGCACACACACACACACACACACACACACACACACACACACACACACACACACCAAAAGCAAAAUUAUAGGCAAAUAGAACAUUGACCAGCUUCUUAUUCGAGCAUUUAAUUGACCACAAUUAUUCUUGUAUGUUUAACACCAUCUACACUGACCCUCCAUGAAACGGCUAUAUUUCUAAAGCCUGAUGAAUUAACUAGAAUACCACAUUAGGCUGAGACUUAUGUGGAAACAAUUGUGUUCUCUAACACAACUCUAUCAAUCGAUAUUUUCCAAAGCUAAUUCCAAGUUCCUGUAACUUUGAUUUAUGUUUUAAAUAUAGUUCUGAAUGUGUUUGAGAUUUGUGUUCAGUGUUAUACACAAGUGCUCCUAAAACUGUUGGUUGCUCUUUGCUAAUGGGUAAAAAUAUUUUGGAAAAUUCUGAACAUCUUAAUUCAGCCUACUAAAAUGUUCGUUUUUAUGAAGCUAAGAGGCAAACUACUGCAAUCCCAUGGUAAAGUGACACUGUGUGCAAGCCAAUAGCAUCAGAAUGCAGUUUUCUAUUAGUUUCACCUUAUUUUGAGCAUCUCCAAAUAUGUAUGAUAUAGAGACCAAUUCUGAUAAUUUUGUGUUUGGGGUAAUGGGGUUUUCUACAUAAAAUGAAAUCUGCAUUGAUUGAAUUACAACAGCCUAAUAUUUUAACUUGCAAAGGCAAUCUAAAUAAACUUUGAUAUUCUUUUAUCUAGUCCAUAAUUUUCUAAAGUUUGAGACAUCCUAUUUCUUAUAGGAAAAAAUAGUCAACACUGAUUAACCUGUGAAUUAGUUUAAAGCAACUCAUGCAGCAUGUGUUAUAUAGAAUAGAUUUCAUGACGUCAGUUGCCUUGGUUUUCAAUUUGCAGUAAUUAAAGACUAUCAAACAAUUCAGUGAUUACUUCAACUGUAGUUGUUCUAAAUUAUAAGUUAUAUUUGAAGUCUAAUGAUGUAUCUGCCUGUAUUUGUGAAAAUCCCAAGCUAAAAAACAGGAAGGAUCAAACGGACUGAAAUUCUGAUGGUAUAUCAUAUUAUCCUAACAAGUGAAACUGUGGAAACUCAAGGUAUUGCCAGUGCCUGAUAUUACUAGACACUUUUUUAUUCCUGUGACAAACUUGAGCAAAAAACUAUUUAAUAUUCUGCAAUAAAUCCAUGGCUGAAAACUAGUCAGGCUUUUACAGUAUUAAGAUUUCAUUUGUAUGCAACUUUCUUUAAUGAGAGACAUUAACAUCCAUUCUUAAGCAUAACUAGAUAACAAAUUCAGUUGUGGAUGCACUUGGAAACAACUCCAAAGUCCUCCUUUGCUGUGCUCUAGACCAACAAUUGAAUACCAAGUAUGGAGGGGUAUAAGAUGAUAGCACCAGUGUUCAGAUGAUAGCACCAAAGUGUUUGUACCUGUAUAAGAGAUUCUACUGUAUAAAUGAAGUGGAACACUGUUACAUAGAACUAUUGGGGGGGGGGUAUAUUUUGAGAAAUAUCUGCCCUUGACCUUGGCUUUUAAGUAUCCCACAAUGAUACAAGGCAGAAAUGUUUCAACUAUAUAGACAUAUAAAAUUUCAGAUUUGUUUUAAGCUACAGUUAAGUCUUUAAACUAUUUUUCUGGCUCUGUCAAUAUAUUGCUCUGUUGUAGAAUUAAAAAGGUAGACUUUCUUCUUUGUUAGUUUUUGUGUCUGUAUCUGAAAAAAGGUACAUCUCUAAAGUUUUUAUUCAAAGUUCCUGAGAUUCUUCAGAUUUAGCCAUAGCUCUGCUGAAUCUUGAGAUGUGUCCAAGACAUAUACAGAGAGAUUCUGGGCAGGCCAAAUUAGAAGGAUAAAAGAGACAAAAGUAAAAGGCAUGCAAAAAUCUCUUCCUCCCAUAUACACUAAUAAGUCUUAAGGCUAAGGCAAACUUCUCACCUCACUUCCUCCCUGCUGUUAUUGAAAUUGGGUGAGUGAUGCCCAAAAGUGUGAUAUGCUCCCUCUUCUCAUCUCUAUUUAGGUGGUAGCUUUCAAGGAUCUUUUAAAAAAACCACAUUUCUUUGUUUAAGGAGCACACGGGGGAAACACUGCAAACAUAAAUAACCUAAUCAAUACUCUAUAUUCACACCUUAUUUGGAGCAAGAAUGCCAAAUUAUUAGAAGUUUCCUAAAGAAAUAACUUAGUCUCUUCUACGGAAACUCCUCUAUCAUGCCUCAGGGUUUUGUGUUUUUUGUUUUUGUGUUUGCCUAUAACCCCACCCCCACCAAAGAAGGCAUCGAUCUCUUUCAGAGCAUGAUCUUAUCAACAUGCACACUGCCAUCAGACUCUGCACCCUGUGCUGCCCAUGUGCACCUCAUUGCUUGCCUCUUGCUUGAGCCAAUGGAAAGAAGGACCCCAGCUAGAACAGUUAGCUAUGAAAAAUGUUUUUCCUCUUUCUCUUACCCUCCCACCUCUGUCCCCUGUCCGUUGCUAUAAUCUGGUGAACAUGCUUUAGGAUUAACCACCCACUUUUCACUUUCUGUACACCUAUUACCCCUCAGUAAAGCAACUCUGUGUUCAA